AUGGAUUUUUUCAGGAUCUUGGAGAAUGUUUUCUCAGUGUGGUUCAGGUUAAAUUGUUGUCCUACUGUUCCUGCUGAGCCUCCUAAUGUUCUAUGUCUUCGCUGCGCCUUCUUCCAGCUUCUCUAUUGGUUUUCUCUUCACACCGAUCAGGCAGGGGAGGACGAGGCGAAGGGGGAUGGAGAAGUGGUCGAGCUAGAGGCGUACAGGCAGGGCACCCAGAAGACAGAGCUGUGCAACAAGUGGGAGGGCGGCGCCUGCUCCUACGGGGGCCGGUGCCGGUUCGCGCAUGGCCUGCAGGAUGAUGGUUUCUUAAUUUCGUUGACUAACCAGGGAGUUCAAGGAUGA